CCCUGCACCUUGCGGCGGCCGAGCCUCCCUCAGCCCUGCACCUUGCGGCGGCGGCCGAACCCCCCCGCCCCCAACCCCCGCCGCGUCGCCGAGGCCGGCGGUAGGAAGCGGCGCUCCCCCUGACGGCGGGGCUCCCGGCGGGGCUCAGCGCCGCUGUCAGCCAGGCGGGCGCCCGCGGCCCCGGUAGACCGCCUCGGCAGCGCGGCGCUCGGCGCCACCCGCUCCAUGGAUUACCUGACUAUGUCUGAAUGUAUCCAGCUGUCAUUUGCUGUUUGUAGAAUCGGCAUUUACACGUGUUUUAGAGCACUUUGCUGCAAGGGACCGCCACCACCACGACCUGAAUAUGACUUGGUUUGCAUUGGUCUCACUGGGUCUGGGAAGACAAGUCUUCUGUCACGCCUUUGCAGUGAAAGCCCGGAAAAUAUAGUGUCUACCACAGGUUUUAGUAUAAAAGCAGUGCCAUUCCAGAAUGCCAUCCUGAACGUAAAAGAACUUGGAGGGGCUGACAAUAUCAGGAAAUACUGGAGUCGUUACUACCAAGGAUCCCAAGGGGUAAUAUUUGUAUUAGACAGUGCCUCCUCUGAAGAUGAUCUAGAAACUGCUAGGAAUGAACUGCAUUCUGCUCUCCAGCACCCACAGUUAUGUACUUUGCCGUUUUUAAUACUGGCCAAUCAUCAAGACAAGCCAGCAGCUCGCUCCGUACAAGAGAUAAAAAAGUAUUUUGAACUUGAGCCACUUGCACGUGGAAAGCGCUGGAUUCUUAAACCCUGCUCCUUGGAUGAUAUGGAGGCAGUAAAAGACAGCUUCUCCCUUCUAAUAAACUUACUAGAAGAGAGAGACUUCGAACCUUCGAGAAUGUGAAACGCAAAAGAGAAGAGUGGUUCUCCAGGCAUCACUGUACCUGCACAUUCUGCUCAUAGCUUAAUUAUGAAGUGAUAUCAAGACUGUGCUGUGAUAUGUUGUUCAUACACAGUUAGUGCAGAAUGUCCUUUUGUUAAAAUAAAUAUUCUGUGAUUCAGGUACACAAUUAGUUCCAGUAAAGUUGUCUACACUACUGAAAUAGGGAGUUCAUCUUUGUUUACCACUAUUUCUGCACACUGCAUGUUGCUUUUUUGAGUUGCAAUCAUCCUUGAUAAGAAAUUUUACACGCACAAAAAUAACUAGUCUGUAAAGGAGGAAUUCUACCUUCUACCUUGAUUUUUAAAAAAUAACUAAUUGUGAGACUAAUUUGUAUUAGCUUGUUUCCUGACCCCACAGUUUGGGAAGCACAGCCCCUGAGAACCUUAACAAGAUACCUUAAAGGCAAGCAGUUUCAUGUUAAUGCAAAGGUUAAUCCUGAAGUUUUACUAAGUGAAAACACAGUUGACAACUUAGUUGAUUCCUCUUCUAAAGUCAGAGCGUAACCUUGUUAAAGGCAGAACUAUCAUUUUGCUGGAAGUUUCCUGAAAGGUAAAUUAGCAAACAGACGUGUGCAAAUAACAGUAUUUGGGAAAAAUAGGUGACAUAAACAGGUGGUCUAAGUAACAAUAUUUUUAGAAAAUAUACAAAAGUUGGCUAAAGCAAUAAUUUUCACUGAAAGUAGUUUUCCAUAAGAGAAGCAAAGCAAAUGUCUGUUAAUUCAGCAGUGGAGUCCUUAUUACUAGUUAGAAGAAAAUGUGACUGAUUUUAAAUAAGGAUUGCUUCCUUUAUCACUCACACAUAGAGUACUACUGUUAUCAUAACAUUGCCAAGGCAUUUAUACCAUAAUUAAGAGCCUUCCAGGUUUGUACUAUAAGCUUCUCUUUUGAAGAGAUUAUAACUUAUGCCAAAUGUUACUUAGAAGGCAAAAAAGUAUUAAUUGGAAACAACAUUUGUAAUGCAUUUGGAAAAAUCCCGUUUCGUUCCAGUAACACAGUGCAUAUUUUCUCUUUCCAAGUUUUUCCCAUAGUAGGUUUGCAGUUUUUUGGCUGCCUUUUGUUGAUUUUUUAAAACCUUAUAAUCCAAUUGUGUCCAUUAAAGAAACAUGCAAGGUCACUGUUCACCAUUAAGUCAGUCACAACAGGGUAUGUGCAGAUCAGUCACUGGACUGGUGCACACCUUGAAUGUUGUGCCUUGUGAAUUCAGCUACUCUCAUGCAUGAGUGUCUGCAAACACAAGCUGUAGUGAUGUGUCAGUGGUUCCUCACUGAUUCUGCUUGUGUUUCGAAACAUGGAACUCCUUUUUUCAGAGCUUUAAGCAACAUCUCUUUUUGCUCUGAGCAUUUAUUUUUUAAGUUUGAAGUUUAUUGUAGUUUCUCACUAGCUUAUUGGGGAUAAGAAAAUAGCUUUCAAAGGCUUAUAAAAGCCAUUUCUCUCUUACUUGCAAUUAUAGUCUCUGUUAAACAAAAUGUUUUAUAAUAGGUUUUUUCUUUAGUUUUCCAUAUACUCAGAAUUCUUGCAUUGCUCCCUCAGAAUUAUUUCUGCCCAAAUGCAUGGCCUGAUGAUCACUGUUUUAACUUUCUUCCUAUUAUCAGAAAGAAGCUGGGAAAACUGGUAAGCUCCUUGUUUAAUUUUGUGAUAGAAUACGCUGAAAGCCUGAAGGGCAUCUCUUCUUGCUUUGUUUUUUGUUUCUUUCCUGCCAGGUCAGUCACCUCACUCCUAAUACUCUUGGAAGUACCCAAGAACUGGAAUUGUUCAUUUCAAAGCACAGAGGGGAGCCCUGUGUUAGUUUGGUUCUCUGCACAGUUUAGAUGGAACUCAGCUGCCCACCACUUUCUCUCAUGUGGGUUAAGGAGGCUGCUUUCCCUGGAUUUAGGGAGGAACUGGAUCUCAUUUACAGUUCCAAACUCUCUCUUUGCUGAUGUGAGCUUAGAGGAUGCAGAGUCGCCAGAUUUCCACAAGGUCCCCAGAUUUCUGUCUUGUUUAGGGACAGUGCCAAAUAAAUGGUGGGGAGGAGUGAGAGAAUUAUUUCCCAGAGAAGGCAGGCAGUUUUGGGAGGCAAAAAGAGGGAUUCAGCGAUUUUACUGCUUUCCAUUGAACAUUAGUUAGCAGAUGAGAGAGAAAUUUUGUUUACUGUUUUUCCCCUUCUUUCCUAUAUUAAAGUUGUGGACCAAAGGCUACAGCAAAUGAAAGUAAGCCCAACUGUAUUGUGUUCUUAAAACCGUACUUACGUAUACCAUCAGUGAGUUUGGUCCAAAAACUUUAGAAUUUCCAAGUUACGUUUUGGUCAUGAUUUCCCAACUAUGCACUGUUGGAAGGUGCUACCUGACUAACAUGCGAAAGGCCUAAGCAGUCGAUGAGAAUAUGGCUUUGGCAUAUGCCAGUGGCCACCUAGGCUGGGACCUUUUGAUGCUUAAUGCUUUUUCUUUAGGAAAAUGCCAACUGCACAGGAGCAGUGAUUUUUUUUUUUUUUUCCAGAAUUAUUUUGAAGAUGCAUUUCCUUACUAAUACAGUGAUCAUUCCUCACCACAGGUUGAAACAAUACCUCAUAACUGCUUAAGGCCAAGACCAACACUUAACUUUACUUUGAAUGUAGUCCUUGUGUGAUUAUGUGUUGUGGAUAAACUUAAUGGAUGUGUACACCUUCACUUUUUUAUGGAGGAAUUAAAACUGUUCAUAGCAACUCACAUCACACCUCCAUGUCUAAAGUGUUGUUGAAUGCUCUGGCUGUGGUAGAAUAUGUAAUCAUCAUGCAGUUGUUAUUGAGAUGACCAAUCUCAAUUGGUUUGGGGUUUUUUUUGUUUGUUUUGUUUUAAAUCUUUUCACAUGUGUUCAUCAUUUAGGUGAAAUAAACUUGGACACUAGGCUUUACUUUCCAUGCAAGUUCAUUAAGGAGUGAACAUUGUCUUUUUAAAAAAGAUAUUGUGCUUUAAUGUUCUUUAGCCAUCUGUUAAAUUACUUUGUGUGUGUAUGUGUGUGUAUGUGUAUGUGCCCACAUUGGGCUACUUCUCAGACCUGUGGCUGUCUGCGGUGUCUCAGCCGUCGGAAUGAAAACAUUAUCAAUCAGUAUCCAACAACAGCUGGUUUUGACAAGCUUCUGUCUGCUGCCUAAUGCUUUACAACUUGUCAAUAAGACUUCUUUGUCUAAGCUGGUGAUCUUACUGCUUCCAUGUUGUGUCCUGUACCUGUACUUCAAGCAUUUGUAUGGAAAAAAAAAAGUAAAAUCUUAGUGAGUUUUGAUACUCUUUCUUGCUGUAUAAUGCUCCACGUGUAUCUUAGCUUGCCUCUUCAAAUGCGCUAUACAAAAAUCUGUGAUGUAUUAUUUCCUUUAACUUCUUGCAUUUCAUUAUAUUUAUAGAAGUUGCAGAUUUUUGUACCGUAUUAGUUAAUACAGUUGCCUUUUUAUAAUGGCAAUUAAUUUAUAUUACAAAAGUUUGUAUCUUUACUGUAGUUGAAAGUAUUAGUUAACUGUCGUAUUAUCUUGACUUUAUACUAAAAAUACAGUGUCUAUAUACAGAAGUUGACCCAUUCAAGUGGACAACUGCUGACAUGAGGAACUUGUACUGUUUGUGAUUUAUACAUGAUUUCCACUAUCAAGAAACAAAAUAACAAAACAAAAUAAACAUUGUGUAGAGUUGA